AUGGGGAGUGAAGCCAAAGUGUGCCUCGCUAUAGAGCCCCCUCCCUCGGGGUGUGUCAAGGUGAACUUUGAUGGUAGCAUCAGGGGGAGCAGAGGUGGAGCUGGUUUUGUCAUCCGCAGUUCUGGUGCUCGGCUGCUUGCAGCUGGAGGGUUCAAUCUCUAUAAGCCCUCAGUCCCAAGAGCAGAGCUUCACGUUGCUUGGACUGGCAUCAACUUUGCUGUACCGGAGCUUCGUGCGGAGAAAAUCUUCAUUGAGGGCAACUCUGCUACCGUUAUUGCCUGGAUCCAGGGUCGCUCGGAGCAGCAGGAGGCUCAUAUGUUGAUCCAUGAUAUUUGGACUUUCCUUCAUCAUUUCGCUGCAUCGUCCAUCCAGCAUGUCUAUCGAGAGGCAAGCAGUGCAGCAGACUGA